AUGCGUCUAGCCUCUUCCGAAUCCGAAGACCACUUCUCCGACGCCCAGUCUGCGCCCAUCAGCUCCAGAGCCUCCCCCAUCCCGAAGCUUCGUGUCGAGAAGGUCAGCGAUGAGCCGUCAUACGGAGAAGUGCCGGGCACGGCAGCCUACAAGCUGCGGGAGGGUGAUGCUGAGCCGGAUGAGAUAGCAAUCAUCCCGGAUGCGCAGAAUGAGGAGUCUGAGGAGAAUAAUGGCGAGGAGGUCAAGUCGCCGGCGACUCCGGGCGGGCACCCGAUCCCCAAGACAGUCGUCGAGGAGAGCGAGGACAACUCGCAGUCGCAAUCUCACCCGGAGAGGAGGAACAGGGCAGACCCGCCGCCAGAUCUCGUCUUGACGGCUGACGGCAAGACUGAGGAUGGUAGCAGCGGGGCAGCAGUUUCUGCUGCCACGCUCGGCCCUGGUGCUGCCGGCUUUGGAGGCGAUGAUGACGAAGACUUUGGUGACGAUUUCGAUGACUUUGAGGAAGGAGACGAAGACGCAGAUUUUGGCGAGUUUGACGACGGCUUCGAUGAGCCCGAUGAGCCCACACCUGUCCCGGCCGCUGCACAGGCACCCGCCGUGCAGCCUCUAUCCUUUCCUAUACCCGACUUCGAAGGCAUGGACUCUGAUGAGAUAUUUGCUGCUACGGAGCCAUAUCUAAACGCUCUAUUCCCUACCGAAGAAUCGGACACCCCCUCUAUACCCCCGCUAUCCAAAGAGAACCCCAUAUUUCUGACGCCUAGAAGCGCGUCGUUAUGGUCACAACUGGUAGCACCACCACCACUACAGCCUCCGGACUGGAUACGAUCUCGCAUCCGGCGGCUCUUCCUCGUCUCGCUUGGCGUACCCGUCGACUUAGACGAAAUCCUGCCCGCAUCAAAGCAGAAGAAACUUAUAUUACCCUCGCUGCACCACGUGAACUCGUCCGGAUCACUACGGACGUCGACAGACUCACGCGGCAACACCAACAAUAGCAUCACACGCCUGAAGCAAGGCGGCGACGGCAACGCCUCGAGCACGUCCGUCGACUCGCAGGGCAAGCCCUCGGCGUCGUCCAAGCGGCGCAAGGGCCCGCCGCCGGUGCCGGACCUGGACCUCGUGACGGCCAAGCAGCUGUGCACGACGACGGACGAGGCGCUGCUGGGCAUGACGGACGCGGAGCUGAAGGCGCACGUCGCGCGGCUCGAGAAGAUGGAGGUCACCUCGAAGGAGGUGCUGGAGUACUGGACGAAACGGACGGACGAGAAAAUCGGCGACCGGGAGGCGUUUGAGGGCGUCAUUGAGAACCUGGUCAAGCAUGCACGAAAAGUGCGCAAAUAG